CUAACAGCUUUGACUGCGACGGUGAUCAAAUCGGACCAGCACAACAGUUUCAAUUUUAUACUACUUUUGAAUUUUGCUCCCUGAUUCUCUAGCCUUGGGAUUCUUCAGGAAAGGCUAUGAAGGCUGCUACAGGCCUGCUUAGGCUGGCUUUGGGCCUCGCUUUAUUUGUAUUAGCGCAAUGUUCUCCACUGCAACGGAAGCCACAUGUUCUCAAGAAACGCACUCGCGAAGACGCGCUGAGCUACUAUUGGGACCAGCAAUUGCCCUUAGGCUUCUUUGUUAAUGGUCAAGGAGGUUUGAUGGGACCCCCAGGGCCUCCUGGACCCCCUGGAGCCCCUGGUUAUAUGCUUGGUGGUAGUGGAAGUGGAAGUGGUGAUGCUGUUGCUCGCGGGGGAAUUCCUGGACCUCCAGGGCCCCCGGGGCCUCCUGGUCCACCCGGACUCGGAGGGGCUCCUGCCGGCCCUCAAGAAACCAUCACCUGCGAGGGCGAGAAGGAAUGGAUCGAGUGUCCACAGUACAAAGUUAUCAAAAUCGGCUCUGCAUUCUGGGGUCGUGAUGACGAUGGCACAUGCACCACAAACGGCGUUCAACACGGACUCAGCACCUCGACCAUGUGUCCUCAAGACGAAUCCAACACAAUGACCAAAGUUGAAGGGCAGUGUAAGGAUGAGCAAGCCUGUGAACUAGCAGCGACCUCCACCUUCUUUGACAAGACCGAUUGUGGACAAGUCUAUAAAUAUCUACGUGUGAAAUACGAGUGUCUGCCCAGUGAAUCAAGAGUCAAAGCAGCAAUUCAAAGAUCAAGAAUAAGCGGUUAAUUUGAUUCUGCAUUUGGCUGACAUUUACUCUAUCAUGUGAUAGGCCACUGACAAACGAUGCCACCGCCUGAUAUGGCUGUGCUGUCCACCGGAUCUAGGACUUCUACUAAGCUAACAUGCGUUUAUGAGCUUGUUAAUCGCUGGAUCAGGAAUUCAAACUAAAUGAGACUGUUGAGAAGACUGUACAAACCGUUUUUCUGAAGACUGUUCGCUAAACUAACUGCGAAGUAGAAAGGAUUGGACAACGUUCACAGCGAGAAACAAGCUCAUGUUAGACGGUGUAAAGUGUUUAGUCUAAGAUGGAGUAAAGGUGAAAUGGAGCUUCCAUGCCAAGAUGGUGUAAAUCCAUUAUACAGCGAGCAAGGAUGCUACAUUUUAUCCCGUCAUAUUGCACAUCCUUUUUCAAUAAUUUCAAAUGUGUAUAUAGUAAUAUUUCUAAAACUGCUUUGACUAUUUCGUGAUAAAGAAAUCCUUGUAAAAAUUACCAGCCAUUCCAGUAGGCCAUCGUACCAAAAGCACUGUACUGUACUCACAACAAGACACAGUGAGACGACUACAUGAUGUGCUUUAGAAUGUGAUAGUGUAGGUGACCUUACAUGUCCUUGGAUCAUGACGUUGUGACGUAGCAUUUAUGGAUUAUGACAUUAAAGCUUUAUGGUCUUCUAAGAUUUA